UGCCAGGUAUGUGUGGCUGUUGCAGACUGCGUCGGUCCGGAGGAGGAGAGCUGGAGAGGAGACUGAGUAGAGCCUCGGAAAUAAGAGAUCAGACAAACACAGAAAGCAGCAUGCCGUUUGGGAUGGUAACGCUUCCCACUGUCCGAUACCAUCAUUACUAAGCACUGAACAAAUCUCCAAAGCGGAGGGUAAUGAUGACAUCACAAAUUCAGGCUGAUACAGUGUGAUCCAUCAUUCCUGGCCUGACGUUGACAUGGCAACAGGCAGGAAGGGGUCCACCUCAAAGGGAGGAAGCGUGCGUUUCCCUGACGACGAGGAUGCCAUGGGCUCCCCUGUUCACCGUGAGGACAAAGCCAAUGAUUCUUCCAUCCCUGCUCUCCCAGAGCCUGAUGGGAACUUCCUGGUUAAGGUAGGGUUCCUGAGGAGUCUGCAUCGUUAUGAGAUCGUCUUCACCCUCCCAGAGGUGCCUGUGCUGGGGAAAGAUGUGUGCUCCCUCCCUUCCUCCUCAUCACCAACUCCCAGACCCCUCCUCAAAGUCAACCGUGUCACACCCACAGCAGAGGGUGGGGUGAAGGUGACGUGUGAGUACACCACCCACCAGGAGGGGGUGCUGCAGGAGGAGCUGACCCUGGUCAGCCGGGGGAAGAAGGACCAACGUUUGCGGGUCAGACUACAGGCCCGGGUCAUGGAUCGUCACCAUGGUACUCCUCUGCUGCUGGAGGGGGUGCGGUGUCUGGGGACGGAGAAAGAAAAAAGGAAAUGAGCCGUCUGUCCCUUUAUAUCUUCCCCCUCCUGUUGAGACCAGCCAUCGUCCGUCCCUUUAUAUCUUCCCCCUCCUGUUGAGACCAGCCAUCGUCCGUCCCUUUAUAUCUUCCCCCUCAUGUUGAGACCAGCCAUCGUCCGUCCCUUUAUAUCUUCCCCCUCCUGUUGAGACCAGCCAUCGUCCGUCCCUUUAUAUCUUCCCCCUCCUGUUGAGACCAGCCAUCGUCCGUCCCUUUAUAUCUUCCCCCUCCUGUUGAGACCAGCCAUCGUCCGUCCCUUUAUAUCUUCCCCCUCCUGUAGAGACCAGCCAUCGUCCGUCCCUUUAUAUCUUCCCCCUCCUGUAGAGACCAGCCAUCGUCCGUCCCUUUAUAUCUUCCCCCUCCUGUAGAGACCAGCCAUCAUCCGUCCCUUUAUAUCUUCCCCUCCUGUAGAGACCAGCCAUCGUCCGUCCCUUUAUAUCUUCCCCCUCCUGUAGAGACCAGCCAUCGUCCGUCCCUUUAUAUCUUCCCCCUCCUGUAGAGACCAGCCAUCGUCCGUCCCUUUAUAUCUUCCCCCUCCUGUAGAGACCAGCUGUCGUAGUGGAACAAAACCAGCACUUACCUGCACUUAGCCACACACAUGCAUGCACCCGUAGUGGCACACACACACCUGAGGAGGCUGAUGGGAGGUGCUAUAGGGACGGCUUAGUGUAUAGACUGGAAUGGAACAUGUGGAACAGUAUCAAACAUAUAGACACCACGUUUGACUCCGUUCCAUGAAUUCCAUUCCAGCCAUUACAAUGAGCCCAUCCUCCUAUAGCUCCUCCCACCAGCCUCCUCUGACACACAAACACACACAAACAUUUUUUUUGUGAUUAGCCCUGUAAUGAAGACCAAGGUGUCCAUGAUCACUUAUAGUUCCUCAAAUGUAAAAUGACACAUUCCUCAGUGAGGGAGCCAAUGUGUUUCAACAUCCACUGUAGGUCCAUUAUAUAACCAGGCACUGCAGCUCCUUUGUUUCUCGUCCCUUCUGUCGUUCUGCAACAAGAGCCAAGCGUCAACCAGCCUUAAACGAUCAGAAAGAAUAUUUACAUUUUAAUUAUGCACGUCAAUAUAACCUGUCAUUGUAUUAUGAUUUACACUGAGUGGACAAAACAGUAAGAACACCUUCCUAAUAUUGAGAUGCACCCCCCAUUCACCCUCUGAAUGUCACACAUACACAAUCCAUGUCUCAAUUCUCUCAAGGCUUAAAAACCCCUCUUUAGCCUGUCUACUCCCCUUCAUGUACACCGAUUUGAAGUGUAUUUAACAGGUGACAUCAAUAAGGGAUCAUAGAUUUCACUUGGAUUCACCUGGUCAGGCUGUCAUGGAAAGAGAAGGUGUUCUUAAUGUUUUGUCCACUCGUUGUACAGUAUGUGUUCUGUGUGAGCGCCACCUUUCACCAACUAUGUAAGAGUAUGCCUUUUAGUCUCUGUAUUGUACUAGAUUCUCCUCUAUCUCUGUCAGUAAAUAAAAUAUCAUGUCAACCGUUAA